AGGAUGAAGUGUACUGAACUGCUAUUCUUCUUAUCUAUGCUGAGCAGCUUAAACAUGGCUGUGCGUGGGGAAGGUCAUAUGGAGGAGAGUCGUGCUGGAGAACCUCGUCCGGGGAAGCACGAAACAUUUGGUGCUUUCGGUCUCAAGGACAGACAGUCUCGCGAAGACAGGAACAGCUCGUUCGGCAACAACCGUGUGAUUUAUCCCCACAGCGGUGACAUGGAGCUCGUGAGGGAGGACUUCGGUGGUAGAGAGUACAUCAAGGGCGAUCAAAAUAAAGGAAAAAAGAAAAAGGGUCCUAUAAACUGGAUCAAGGCAAAACUCGGUAUUGGCAAAAAUAAAGAUAAAAAAGGAACCGAGGAAGGUGAUGAAAAUCGAGAAAAGCCAAUAGACCCCACGAAAAAUAUGGAUAUGGUGGUAGAUGAACAAUACCAACGUAAGUGUUACGCGCGGCGCGGCGCUAGUUGCUCUAUACCAGAGCCCGUAAUGCAACACUCUUCUGGAGGAAGAGGUAAUAAGAAUGGAAAACCUAGGAAUAGACACCAGAAAUAUGUGCCUUCGGAAGACGAAGAAACCUAUGAUGGGCAAGAACACAAUAACCGCCGUGGACCAAAACCCGGGAACAAGGAGAAGGAUGUGUCUUCGGAAGACGAAGAACAUAACUUUGGUGGGCAAGAACACAAUAACCGCCAUAGACCAAAACCCGGGAAGUAA